AUGGACAGUAACGACCUUUUGAGCCUCUCAAAAUUGAAUAUCCUUCUGAGGUUUGGCAAUGACACCAACUCCAAGAGCAUGGAAGCCCUAAAAAAUGAGUUAGAAAAAAACAAAGACACCGAAUUAACUAAUUUACAAAAAUUACUACACUAUAACAAGUUAGAUUUCAAUACUGAAAGAUUUAUCGCCGAAUACGACUCCACCACCUGUAGCUCCUCAAACUCGCUAGCGACGAGCAAUAAAUGCACCUUGGAUACGCCAAUCGUCGUCAACUUUAACAACACACCCAUACAAACGUCCUGCCCUAUCGAAUUUUACCGCAAUUGCCUUGGAGCCAUUACGUUUUACGAUUUUACGGGCAGAGAGUCUGAGCUGACGCUGAGCUACGCCUACGAGGAUGCCGACCAACUGGUUGAGGCACACCCAAACAUGUACAUUUACCAAACUGUACUCUUGCUGGAUAGCGCCAAAUUGGAGGGGCUGAAGAGGAGUGAAAGCAUAAUUAGACAAGUACUGGGCCGGAAUAGCUUAGUUUUUGUCUCAAACAUUACGGUGGCCCGUUACGUGAUAUUUGAUAGCGUACGUUAUAUUUGCGAGCUUUUACGUCUGGAGUUAAAGAAGUUAAAAGCCAAUGCGACUCCCGACAUAAAGACUCCAUUUGACGUCAAGCAAAACUUUUCAAACGUGCCUCUUAAGCUGAUUACGGGCAAAAAAUGGAUUCACAGCAACGGGCGUAACCGUAAGCGAAUGGGCGAUAUAAAUCUUAUAUUAGGCAAGAAUUUGGAGUCAAUGGAGCUUUAUCAGCAGAGCUUUUCUUCAUCUAAGCACACUGGGGACAGAUUGUUCAGAGCUGCAUCGCAGUUCGGCAUGGCUAUUUGCCUACAAAAAUGUUACAUCCAGCUCAAAAACCCCACAUAUUCAAAAGGCACUCUAAUGACGUCAAAUCUUCGCAAACUUCAUUCAAUAAUCGCAUAUUUAGAACACUGCAAAACGCGUGACAGAAAGGGCAAUAAAUUAUACGAGAAACAUGCCGCCACAAUCUCGGAGGAUGGACUAAGUGACGACAGCUCAGACCACUCCUCAAACUCGGCACAAUAUAAUAAACCGUGCAACUCUAACCCUGGAGAUUGCAGGAGAGAAAUCUUACAUUCCGUGCGUCUAUGCCUCUUCGGCUGUUUCAGUACAUUCAUGCGCCUGAAGGUAUUCCCCUUCAAAACCUUCUUCGAAAUGGCAAGGGUGUCCUGCAGCUACUUCAUCCAAGUUGACAUGCUCCACGAAUUCUUUGAGGUCCUAUCCAUGCUAUCGGCCUUCCUUUCCCAUGACUAUGACGGGAAAAUGGAGUGGCUGGGAGAUGUAGUUGGACAUUUAUCUACCAAUCCGCGAUGCAGCCGAAAACUGGCGUUUUACACCCUUGAGAUAGCCUCUGAUGAUUCGCUUAAUUCCCAAGUUGCGCUACAGGCCUGCAGGUUUGUAGCCCAUAAGCUGAGCCUUGGUGCCUGCUGGGAAGCCCCUCCCCCGACCCAGUGCGGGUGGUUCGAGAUCCAGUUCCGGCUUCUGGACAUUGCCUACGGAGCAGCCGCCAGCCUUGGCCUUUGGGAAGAAGCCAAUCAGCUCCUCUGGUCAAUGCUAUGCCUCUUCACCACAGGAGGCCGCGGCUGUAGGACCAAUGCUAUCAAAAUACUACACGGCCUUGAGACCACGUCCCUCCUUUCAGCCCCUCGCGCAGGCGUGGACGGCCAAACGAUUGCUAGUAUAAUACGCCUAAAAAGCAUAAAACCCAACCUAGGCCAGGCCCGGAGGGGCGAUAUCUCGCAGGCCUGCAGUGCUAGGAUUGGGACUAUCCUGCAUACCACAGGUGACGUGGCCCAGACGCUGAGCGGGGGGCAAUAUAGGAUAAAAUUAUCGGAGAAGGUGGAUGGGCGUACAUUCAGGGCCAAAAAGAGGGUUUCCAGUCUACGGCUGAUUCAAAAUAGAGACGAAAUUGACUUACCCUCUAACAACUCCGUCUUCCACGUUCUGUCAAAUAGUGCAAAGGCCAGGGGAGGAGACUGCGUAGAACAUCAGGUCAUUUUAGGCAAUGAGGGCCAGUGGGAGACAGGAACUGACGAGCUAGUAACUAUAACUCUCGUCAAUGGCUUAAAUUCUCCUAUCACUGUCAAGUCGCUUCAGCUUAUAACCAAGAACGUGGAGUGCGUAUCCGUGCCUCUUACCGCAAAGCUCGAGCCAGGUCCCAACAGCCUGAUCCAAAGCACCACCCCCCUGGACACUGGAAGGCUGGCCAUCACGGGCGUUAGGCUUACGGUUGCAAACAAAACUUUUGAUUUCUCCUUGACAAAAAGCAUAGUUAUCUACGUCAGGCGCCGGAAUGAUGUCCACGCCCACAUUGAGUUGCUGCCAAUUAUGACGGCAGUCCCGGGCGGUAUGAAUCUGGCGGUAGGGCCUGCUCCUCUGCCCAUGUUAUUUAACAAACCAAAACUUGCCAGGCUAUGCAAAUGUACGGAAGAGGCUCCCUGUACUCGUCUGUGCUCUACUGUUAUUGCUAAAAGCACACAAAAGCCCAUAGACACGACAGGGGAGGUGCUAUACGAGGGUGAAGUUAGGCUUGGCUUGUUCCGUGUCCAAAACAUGUCUGACAUUACAAUAAGUGGCCUAAAGGUUAGCUUUGGGAUUGGCGACUGGAGGUCGUCCAGACUAAGCACCAGUCCGAUCGUUUUUAUUGCGUCAAAGUCCCGCAUGGCUAGCAGUUCAUUUAGCAUAGGGGACGACUUAAUUUCAAGCAGGACAUUAUUUUGCGCGGACGGCACAAAAUCAAUAGAUUCUCCCAGGUUGAAUUUAAGUUCUAGGGGUUCCUGCGUGGAGCUUGCCCCUGGUUCACAUGUGGCCAUACCGUUCAUCCUUCACGCUUCUUCAUGGGCCAAUGACAUGUCCAUUAGAAUCUCUUGGACCCAUGCCCAAUCCGCCAGGUCCUCCCGGUCGACCAACACGUCCAGGCCAAACGACACAUCCCAUUCCUCCUUAUCCUCCCGCUCCCUCCACUUACAAUCUGCCAGGCACGAGGGAUUUUACGGGCCAGAUAACUAUACUGAGGCCAAAAUUUGCAACCUAGUGGACAUACCCGUGGCCUUGGCGGAGGGAGGGCUUGAGGCGUACCAUUUGGUUUCGCUUGAUUCACAAAUGGCGGAGAGUGUUUGCUUGGGAAAGAUAAAAUGUCUCAGGCCCUACUACAUAUCGGAAUUUGACAACCCUUCGGUCAUAUUACGCAUAACUCUGAGAAACCUUACGCAUUCGGCUGUUUACUUCGAGGCCGGAGAAGGGCGCAUGGGACAAGAGGUUAUGUUGAGACCACAUGACAACACCAGCGUUUCUAUCAUUUGCGCCAGAGUGCCCGGGAGCGUUAAGGGCGUUCUGCAGCACCUAGACCGGGUCCUGCGGCUUAGGUGGAGGGUUGGGGAUAGGAGCGGCGGAUUGUACUUGUCCAGGCUUGCGAAGCUGGUCAUCAAGCGGAGGGAGGGGGCGGGGGGGUACAAGCAGGGGCAAAUGCAGAGGUACAAUCAGGGGUACAAGAUGAAGAUAGCUAAAUACGCGGCACCCAUGGCCACGUGGAGGCGGGGCGUCUACUCUAAAUUUUUACCAGAUACCAGGACUGUGCUAGACCUUGCCGAUCCCGACAUACUGUACCAGCCCGAAAUAUCUCUCCACGUAAUAUGUGAUGAGGAAAUCGUGAGGAUCAACACUCCAUUCACCAUACGCGUUCGUGUUUCAAAUGAAAAAUGUAAUGAUAUCACAAAUGGUUGGCUGUUCGCCCUCGCCUAUGACGCAAAAUUUGAUCACUCUAAUAAUUCCACAGAAUUGUUAUCCGAUGGGGACGUGGCGUUUGCCACGGUAGAAAACUCAAUAUUUUGCUCUGGAUUCAUGGAAAAAAGGCUACUGGACGCUCAAAAUAUCGAUUCUACUGGCUUUAACUUCAUCGCAGUGCGAAGCGGGGAGUACAAGAUUGCCGUUGGAUUGGUGUGCGAGGACUUUGGCAAGGUCAUUUGGCACCAUGAACCGGUGAAGGUCAGGGUAAUCCCAGAAGGUUAA